GCCUUCAUGUCUACAAACCUCAACAUCAACAGUAUCAACAAUGAAUAAUGUCACACUGCUGUCAACAACAACUCUAGAUACUCCGUCGGUUCCAAGUGCAACAUUAAAUAUAAAUACAUCAUCAGGACCCACAGAACAUUUAUAAUUAGUGAAUUCUAUGCAAGAUCAGUUGACAUUCAUGGCACAACAACUUACGAAAAUUAGUAAUACAAUUGAAAAUAUUCAAUUAGAAAAAAAAUAAUAAAGCAUCAUCAUCACCUUCACAAGAAGAUGAGAUCGAACAACUAUUUGAGAACAUUACAUGUUCAAAUGAUUUCUUUAAAUUGAAAUAUUUAGAAAUAAAUUAUCAAUUAGAUAUGAUCACAUGUAUUCCUAGCUGCGCAUGGAAGAAACAAGCACCAAAACAUUUAUUAAGUUCAAUAAAAUCUUCAUUUGGUAUGUUUCAACAUAUUGAACACAAGACAGGUCAAUCUCAAUCACAAAAAUUUCGAAGUUUAAAAACAAGUAUACAAUUACAUUUUUUAAACAAAUUACAUAAACUUCAUCAAAUUCAUGCUGAAAUACCAAAACAAGAAGUAAAUUUUGAAGCAACAUUUCCAUUUUCAACUAAUCCAGAUGGAUUUGAUACAUAUUUAUCUAUAAAUAUAAAACAACCAAUUGUUCAUACUAAUCUUUCAUUUUCACCAUUUAUUCAAGCUGAUAAUAUUCUUGCAAGAAAAGAAAUUAAAUUAGCUUUAAUCAAUGAUUGGGCAUCAUCAAUAUCACCUGAUAUUUAUUCAUAUGCACCAUUUAUUUAUAAUAUAACUAUAGAUGGAAAAUAUGUUGAAGUUUUAGUACCAUGUAAUCAAGGUAAUUGGAUUGAUUGUACAAAUGAUAAACAACAACAACAACCAGUGGAAAAUAAUUAUAUUUUCGUCUGGGCAAAAUCAAUCUCAUUGAAAUAUCCAUUACCAUUUUUAGAAAUUUAUCCAACAGUUAAUGAUAUUCUCGCUCGUCUUGUUAUACUAGAAAGUAGUCGAAUGUAUUAUAUUCUUGAAGGAAUUGAUGCUCAUAAACGAUUUUAUACACUCAAUGGAAUUAAAUCUCAAUUAUUUUUAUUAGAUGCAUUUGAAAGACGUGAUCGUUGUUUUGAUUGUUGUAAAGUUAAUAAUAUAAAAAAACUUGUUCAAAUUCUUCUUCAUACUUCAUCAUCAAUUGAUACGAAUAGAUCUGAUCUUUUAUAUAUUCAACAUGUUAAAUCAAUGAAUAAUCGUCAAACAUUUCAUCCAAAUAAAUUAGAUUAUGAUGUAUUUAAUAUUGAAAUUGAUAUUGGUCCACAUAUCGAUAAUGAACCAUAUCCAAUAGCUUUUUGUGAAAGAUUUUGUGUUGAAAUGACAACGGAUUUAGAUGAAACAAGAUUACAAGUAUUCUUUUUACUAAUUAAUCUUUAUAUUGAAGAUAGAAUCGUUAGAAAUAAAUCCGAUCAAUAUUUAUCUACUGAAAGUCUUCAAUUAUCUGAUUUAAUUAUUCAUGGUCAUGCUAUGCUUUCACAUGAAGAUUUACUAUCUGAACGUGAAACACUUGAAUAUGCUUGGCAAUUGGAAGUUAUUUUUGAUAAAGUAUUAGCUCAUGGAAAAAAUUUUUAUUUACAAAUAAUUGAAGAUGAAUAUAUACUUACACGUUCACCUGUUAUUGAUAGAACAAAAUGGAUUGAAAAAUUUAAAUAUGAUGUACUUCGAUUUAGUCUAGAUUCAAUUGAUUUUAAUUUUGUUGAAAUUGGUAAUGUUGUUAAUAUUCAAAUUGCACCUAUUCGUUUAUGUAUAUAUAAUAUGCAUACGAUAUCAUGUAAUGAAAAAGUUGGUUCGAUUAAUGUACUUGAAUUACGUAUUAAUGCAAAAUUUGAAUUUCAUCCACCGACUCCAGUUAAUAUAAAUGAACAAUUAGAAUUUCUUCGUCGACAUGAUCAACAACUUCAUUUUCUUUACAGUACAAAAUCUCAACAAAUAAUAACAUCAACAACAACAAAUUUAAAACAUACGAGAUCAAGUUUAUCAAUUGCACCAACAACAACUUCAAUAGGUUCAUCAAAUGUAAUUGCAACUGAAAAAGAAAUAUGUCUUAGAUUUAUUGGAGCAUUUAAUAUACUUUUAACACUACUUAUGCUUGAAUAUUUAACAAUAUAUAUUGAAAAAUUGAAAACAUCUGAUAUACAUCCAAUAUCAAUUCUUGAUGGUCUUCAUUUUCAAGCUCAAACACAAUCAAAUCUAUCAAUACCAUUAAAAACACCAAUUGAUUUAUCAACAACAAAAAUAUCUUUACAAUUACCAAAAAUAAAUGUUUGUUUAUUACAAGUUGGUUUAGCUGAAGAUAAUGUUCAAUUAACUGAAUUAUGA